AUGGAGAUGGCGGCAAGGCGGUGGGACAUGACCACAGAGCUCUGCGAAGAGCUGUGCGCCGGGUCCAGGCAGUUCGGAACACAGUGGUCCAGAGAGUGCUGGUGCGGUCCGGAGGACGCCGACGCCGACCACCUCAUGUUCGGCGAGGCGACGAAUUGUGACAUGGAGUGCAGCGGGAGCGACGACGGCGAAAUUUGCGGGGGUCACAACGCGAUGAGCACUUAUGAAUUCCGUCAACAGUCCAUCACAGAGAACGCACUAGAAGAGAACGAGGAGCGCGGCUGCACGGGUAGCUCUGCCCAGUUCUGGGACCCCAAGAACGGGGAAUGGCGGUCGACGUUCGAGACCAUCGACGGAGAGUCCCACGACCUAGACAUGUUCUACAUGAGCUUGGUAGACGGGGUGAACGAGCUGUGGGUGACGGAGAUCGAGUCGUGGAUGGCUCCCAGCCUCUACAACCAGCUCCAGUACAACUACGUAAAGCUGAUCUUGACGUGCCCGGAGGACAACGUCGUCGUCGACUCUUGCGUCAUCUUCGAGCCGACGUUCACCAACUGGUCCCCGGACGUCGACGGAGCCGCGGCCGGAUACCGGUUCUCCGACCCGGCGUUGCCUUCGUUCGACAUUCCGGAGGCCGUGCCCAACUCGCCCGGGGACGUCCUCUUGACGACGAGUAACUCCGUGGUCACCAAGACCGGAGCAACGACGGAGACUUACUGCAACGGAGAUUCGGCGUAG